CGUGGAAACAAGAGGUGUAACGCGGAAUAUUCCUCGAACGACAUAUUUGCUAUACCUGUUUAUUGGGACCGUUCACUAAGUUGUCUGUCCCCAUCUUCAAGAGGGGAAAUCCUGGAUAACAUUUCUUAAGUGUUAAAUUUGUCACUUGGGCUGCUGCAGCCAUGCCGUUUGGCUGUCUAACCCCUGGGGAGAAGAAGGAUUACAACAACCCCUCAGAGGUCACUGACAAAUAUGACCUGGGCCAGGUCGUCAAAUCGGAGGAGUUUUGUGAGAUUUUCCGGGCAAAAGACAAGAAUACUCUGAAAAUGUACACCUGUAAAAAGUUCCUGAAGAAAGAUGGGAGAAAAGUGCGGAAAGCAGCCAAAAAUGAAAUCCUCAUCUUGAAGAUGGUGAAGCAUCCAAACAUCCUGCAGCUGGUUGAUGUCUAUGAGACAAGAAAGGAGUACUUCCUCUUCCUUGAGCUAGCCUCAGGUAGAGAGGUGUUUGACUGGAUCCUGGACCAAGGCUACUACUCGGAGAGGGACACCAGCAAUGUGAUGAGACAGGUCCUGGAGGCCGUCGCUUACCUGCACUCUCUGCACAUUGUCCACAGGAACCUCAAGUUAGAGAAUCUUGUCUACUACAACCGUCUGAAGCAUUCAAAAAUUGUCAUCAGUGACUUCCAUCUCGCUAAGCUGGAGAAUGGCCUCAUCAAAGAACCCUGUGGUACUCCAGAAUACCUUGCUCCUGAGGUGGUGGGCAGGCAGAGGUAUGGCAGGCCAGUGGAUUGCUGGGCCAUUGGCGUGGUCAUGUAUAUACUGUUGUCAGGAAACCCUCCGUUCUACGAUGAUGCAGAUGACGACGAUUACGACAAUCAUGACAAGAACCUCUUCAGGAAGAUCCUAGCUGGAGAUUAUGAGUUUGAUUCACCUUACUGGGAUGAGAUCUCUGACUCUGCUAAAAACCUCGUGGCCUGUCUAAUGGAAGUGGACCAGGACCAAAGAUUGACUGCACAGGAGGCCAUUAACCAUGAGUGGAUAUCUGGAAACGCAGCCUCUGAUAAGAACAUAAAAGAUGGAGUUUGUGCUCAAAUCGAAAAGAACUUUGCCAAAGCAAAGUGGAAGAAAGCUGUGCGGGUCACCACACUUAUGAAGAGGCUCCGGGCUCCCGAUCAGAGUGACUCAGGGGCCUCUAGCCCCGCCACGGGCACCUCUGCUGGUCCCGUCACACCCAGCAACACACCCCAGCCACCAGCUGUGACCCCAGAGGGCCCACCUGGCACAACAGAGGCCCCCACUCCAGUUCCAGCUCCAGCUCCAGAUCCAGCCCCCGCCCCAGAACAAGCCACUGUCACCGUGGAGACAGCCGUUCCCUCGCAAUGCAGUGCUGACACUCUGCCAGAGCCUUGAAACAACCACAUAGUUUGAGAGGAGGAGAAAGAAUAGGGUGACCCUCCACACACAAUCACACACAUACACACACACACACACACACACAC